GAUUGAAGCAGUGAGAGCAGAGAACAACUCAAAUAUAGACAUAACGCGAAAUCUGUUAUCAUUAAUUGGUGUCAUAUUUAAAUUAAAUUCAUAGAUUAACGAAGCAAUUAAAUCAAUUAAACUUCGGAUAAAUAAAUAUCUAAAUAUUCAAGAUGUCCGUUUUUGGCAUGGUGUCCGCUGUUGCGGGCUUUGUUAAAGUUCGAUAUCUCAUUGAUAAAGCAGUUAUCGACAACAGUGUGUUCAGAUGUCAUUACCGAAUCACCAGUGCACUUCUUUUUGUUAGUUGCAUCAUUGUAACUGCUAACAAUUUAAUUGGUGACGCCAUAAAUUGCAUAAAUGAAGGUGCCGUCCCAACUCACGUAAUCAAUACGUAUUGUUGGAUAACGUAUACGUAUACGCUACCGGGGCAGCAUGGAAAAGCUAUUGGCACUCAAGUUGCCAGUUCCGGAUUAGGAAAUGAAUAUGAAAGUGACAAAACUUUCCACAGCUACUAUCAGUGGGUUCCUUUCACUUUAUUCUUUCAAGGAAUUUUGUUUUACAUUCCACAUUGGAUUUGGAAAAACUGGGAAGAAGGAAAAAUGCGAAUGAUAUCUGAUGGUAUGCGUGGUGUUCUUACAAUGCCAGCAAAUGAAAGACGAAACCGACAAGAACGACUUGUUCGUUAUCUCGUUGAAAGUCGCAGUACACACAACGCCUACGCAUUUGGAUAUUUUUUCUGUGAAUUUUUAAAUGUCGUGAAUGUGAUUUGCAACAUCUUUAUGGUUGAUAAAUUUCUGGGUGGAAGUUUCCUUACAUACGGAGUUGACAUCAUAAAAUAUUCAAAUAUGAAUCAAGAGAAUCGUUCCGAUCCAAUGAUUGAAAUAUUUCCACGCAUAACAAAGUGUACGUUCCAUAAAUAUGGAGCUUCGGGAUCUAUUCAGAAGCAUGAUUCAAUGUGCGUUUUAGCUCUCAAUAUUUUGAAUGAAAAAAUUUACAUUUUCCUAUGGUUCUGGUUUUUGUUCGUUGCCGUCUUGACAAUCUUUGCAAUGUUUUACUCGAUGGUUAUCCUCAUGAUGCCAACAUCACGCGAGGCUGUCAUUCGUCGUCGAUUACGUGAAGCACCGAAAGGCAUCGAACGUUUAAUUCGUCGCAUUCAAGUUGGUGACUUCUUGCUUCUGCAUCUUUUAGGACAAAAUAUUAAUGUUAAGUCUUAUGGUGAGAUCGUAACUUCUUUAUUCAACAAUUUAUGUUGCGAAACUGACACGCCAUCAGCGCCAUCGACAUUAGAAAUGACGCCAAUUUAUCCUGAUAUGAAAUAUGGCAAAGAAAGUGAAACAUAAAAUGACGAUUCCAUGUGAUUGACUUCGAAAUCUAAAGAAUUUUUUUUUCAUUAGGAUUUGAUUAAAAUAAUCUGAAAGCGAUCUCCAGAGAAUGUCAAAUCCUAAUUUUUACUACUUAUGAAGCAUUUCUUUCCAUUUAAAAAAAAACAGAAUUUGUAUUUUAUUUUACUAUUUUUUUCUGAUUUAAAUUUAUUAUAUUUAAGUUCUCAUCAAGAGUCAAUUAGCGCAAAAGUUUCAUUUAGGAAUGAAUAUCUUCAUAUGAAAAAGUCAUUUCAUGGUUGAUUGCGCAAAAGAAAAAAACCAACAAUUGGUGUUUGUCAGUGAAAGAAAAAGAAAAGUUUAUUUGAGUCUCACAAAAUUCGUUUUCGGAUUAAAAAAUGCAAAAUUAUCUGUUUGAUGUAUUCAAAGACUGUUGAAAAUCUCGUUUUGGUUGAAUCUAGAAUCUUAAGAACAUGAAAACAUUUUUUUUAAAAGCUCAAACAUGAAAAUCAAAAGAAUCUUUUUUCUUCUUUUAUUAGAUCUUAAGGAAAUUUCUUAAAAUAGUGUCUUGAUAUAAGUGAUAAUGAAGCAUCUUUGACUUUAGGUUUGUCUAUUGAUAAAUAAGAAAAGGAAUGAGGGCAUCUCUCUUCUUAAAAGUGUGAAAAAUUUCACACUUGACAGUUUAAUAUUUUGCCAUAACAAAUAUGUAGUUUAACAUUUAUCUUCUAAUUGACGAAUCUCUGUUUUUAACUGUAACACUGCAAAAAAGAAAGAAAAUUGGAAAAUUUGAUAAUUUCUCAUUUAAUCGCAUUUAAAUUUAAUCUGAGUUAAAUUUCAUUUAAUCCCGAUUAAAUACUUAAUCUCGAUUAAAGUUCAAAUUUUUCAAUUUUUCUUCCUUGUUGAUGAUCCAAUCAAUUUAAAGACAAAUCUGGUACAACAAUUCAUUCCUUAAAUCCUUUUUUCGAAUCUUAAAUAAUUUUGAUUAACUCCCGUGUUCUCAAGCAUGGUGACGAACGCACAAUGUAUGCAAAAACAAAAAACUUAAAUUGUAAGAUUUUAGACAUGACGAAAAUAAAGAAAAAGAAAUGUGAUUAACAUUGAUUAGGAAAUAAAAUCAAACGAAAAUUAUUUUACUGUAGUUGAGAAAAUA